UAAGGUGACGGACGAUAUACGCGUCUGCUAUGCUCAUCGCAAUCUAGAAAUACCAGAGCAAUUGCUGGACGUCGAAAGGUUCUCUUCAUGGAAAAGGAUGUUACGUGUGAUGGCCUAUGUUUGCCGAUUCGUGAACAAUUGUCGAACGUCAAAUACUGGUCAUGAGCGGAAAAUCGAUCACCUGACGCAGUUGGAGUUGCAGAAAGCUGAGGAAUGCUUAUUUCGAGCUGUGCAAUGGGAUUCGUACGCGGACGAACUAGUUAUUCUGACCAAGAACCAACGCCUACCAGUGCAGAAGCGCCAACCAUUGGAAAAGACAAGCGCUCUCUACAAAAUAUCGCCGAUACUAGACGCAGCGGGAGUUUUGCGGAUGGACAGCAGGAUUAGUGCAGCUCAACGUAUCCCUGCUGAAAUGAAAUUCCUGUCAUCUUGCCGAAGCGACAUCGCUUGACCAUGUUGCUUCUGAAGGAUCUUCAUUGCAAGUUGUUGCACGCCAACAACGAAGCUGUCGUCAAUGAAGCACGGCAACGCUAUUACAUAGCGCAUCUACGGACACAAGUACGACGAGUGUCGAAGGAAUGUCAGAUGUGUAAGAUACGCAAUGCGCAGCCAUCAAUACCGCGAAUGGCACCCCUUCCAAGUGCUAGGCUAUCCUCUUACGUUCGUCCUUUCACUUACUGUGGUCUCGACUACUUUGGACCCCUGUUGGUGAAGGUCAACAGAAGUCAUGUCAAGCGUUGGGUGGCUAUAUUCACAUGCCUGACAAUACGGGCCGUUCAUGUGGAAGUUAUCCACACGCUUUCAACCGAAUCAUGCAUCAAAGGGGUACGCAGGUUCAUCUCUCGCCGGGGAAGUCCCGCCGAAAUCUACAGCGACAACGCUACUUGUUUCCAUGGCGCCGACCGUCUUCUGAGGGAGCAGAUCAACAAAGGACUUGCUGCGGAAUUCACCAGCACCCAAACCUCAUGGAAGUUUAUUCCUCCAGGCACUCCACACAUGGGGGGAGCCUGGGAGAGACUGGUGAGAUCGAUUAAGGUGGCUCUGGCCACACUCCAAGACGGUAGCCAGAAAUUGGACGACGAGUCUUUACUGACUUUUUUGGCGGAAGCAGAAGGUAUCGUCAACUGCAGACCACUCACAUACCUGCCUCUGGACUCGAUCGAGCAAGAGGCCUUAACCCCGAAUCAUUUUUUGUUGGGCAGUUCUUCGGGGGUUCGUUUACCAAUUGUGCAGACAGACAACGAAGUAUCUCUUUUGAAAGGUUCGUGGACAGCCAUUCAGAAAUAUCUGGACAUCUUUUGGAGACGCUGGACGAGGGAAUAUCUCCCAACUCUAACAAAACGCACGAAAUGGUUUGGCGAUGUGAAACCUGUCCAGCCCGGGGACCUGGUCCUGAUAAUGGAUUACCCGCAGGGAGUGCGUUCAAUGUUGGUCAGCAGGAGUAAAAUAAUUUUAUUUUGUAUGGCGAAAAGCAUCUAAACUCGAAUUUCUCGAAAUGAAAAGCUUUUACCGAAAAAAUAUUUGGUAGGCACCGAACCGGUCAUCAUUGUGCACAACCGCUACCAAAUAUUUUUUCAAAUAUUGUGUUCCUCUUCGAGAAAUACGCCUUUAGAUGCUAUUCGCCAUACAAUAUUUUUGCGAUUUACUUUUAGCGAUUUUUCGCGCAUAGAAGCUGGCGCCACAUUGGUCGAUGCGGAGAGUAGGAAAACAGCCAAAGCAUUUAAUUCAUUGAGGACACCAAGCGCAACGAAUGGAUACGUGGACGGGUACUAGAGGUAUUAACAGCCAAGGAUGGACGAGUACGUCAAGCUAUUGUGCAGACUGCUGGAAGUGCACCUGCUAGAAAACCCAUUUCAAAAUUGGCGGUUCUGGAGGUAUUCAAGGAUGCUGGAACCAAGGACAUCAUAGGUUCCACCAGGGGGGAGGAUGUUGCGAAACUGGCAACCCAGUCAGGGCGAAAUCGGAAUGAGCGAAUCCUUGACAGAUCCGAAGAAUGACAUCAGGAACGUCAGGUGGAGUUAGGCAAACAGUACCUAGAUGAAUCGAUGCGAUGACGUGGUGAUUUCUAGUGCUUCGUACAGAAUUUAUAUUCGAUGAAAAUUGCUGAAUUUGUAUUUGAUAUUUGCUGAUAAUUUUGAUAUGUGCUCUGGAAUAGUGGCAGGUCAAUAGCUACCACAUAUCACCUUCUGAAAUCUAACCUACAACUUUGGGUACAUAGGAGUGUUUUUUGAGAAUUUAUAGUUGUCCAGCCAAUUCUAUAAGUAAGAAUUAUACCCCUUCCGUCCCAAAUUCUUUUGCAAUAGUUAACUCAAUUAUUCAUCCAUAGUUCGUAUAGGCGAAGACAGCGACAUUUUUGGGAAUACGGUUUGAUUUUGAUGUACGCACUGAAAUUGUAAGUGAGCACUUUACCGAUAGUUUAAACCCCUCUCAUUAAUAAAAUUUAUGUUUUAGCUUGUAGCUAAUGCUAACGAGAUUCAGCGUCCCAUCUCAAUAUUCCCCAACAAUUUGAAACGCCAUUCUCUUUCUUUAUCAUUUCUACAACUCUGGACAAAUUUUGAAAAUAAUCGUUAGACGAAUUUUUGAGUUACGCCCUUUUAAAGGGCCUAACCCCUAAAAAAUGAGGGUUUCUAUAGAAAAUCAUCAUAUUUCAUAACAGAAGCAUGCUUCUUCCAACAAAAUUUGAAACGCCAUUCUCUUUCUUUAUCAUUCCUACACAUCUGAAUAAAUUUUUAAAAUAAUCGUUAGACGAAAUUUUGAGGUACGCCCUUUUAAAGGGCCUUACCCCUAAAAAUAGGGGUUUUAUAGAAUACCAUCAUAUUUCAUAACAGAAGCAUGCUUCUGCCAUCAAAACCUGAAACGCCAUGCUCCUUCUUUAUCUUUCCUACACUUCUGAACAAAUUUUUAAAAUAAUCGUUAGACUACGCCCUUUUAAAGGGCCAAGCCCCUAAAAAAUCAGGGUUUCUUUAGAAAAUUAUCAUAUUUUAUAACAAAAGCAUGCCUUGAAGUCCCAAAUAAUAAAACGUAUUAUUAAUAAUGCUACAAUUUGAUACUAUGCGCUAAUAUUGGCUAUUUGUAUUGAUGUUUGUAUACAAAUUGGCCAUUACGCUAAUAUAAGGGAAGUUUUUUCAAACAUGUAGGGAGCAAUCAUGUUUGUAUCAAUUGCCAUUCAUAGCGUGGGAUGUAAGUUUUUUGUAUUGCUUUUUUAAAGACAAAACAAGCGAUGGCAUGUGCCUAUCUCAUUCGUUAGAUUUUUUGGUGAAUGCUGUUUUCAAUUAAUAAACAUACAAAACUAAAGAUUGAGAUGAUCAAUUGUAAUGAUAGUUCUAUAUUUAUCUGCUAAACUACGUUACCGAAGAAUAAACAUGAUUAAAUGAAACUAAGUUUUAUAAUAAUUCUACUAUAAGUACUUAUGACCUUCAAAUGGGCGUAACUGGAGAAUUUGACCAACAUUAUUUUUAAAUUCAGUUUAUGGGUGUGCAUUAACUAUAUAAAUGAAAAAGUAAAUGAACUGUCGUUUAUGUUUUUCAUUGUACAUUGUUCUGGCUAUAAUAGUAAAUGAAGCCAACAACGUCCGUCUCCUACAGGUUAAAGAAUACUUCCCUUAUACUGGCGUUAUGGCUAAUUUUUAUACACAAUGCAUUCAAUAUUAGUACAUAGUAUCAAAUUGUAGCAUUAUUAAUGAUACUGUUCGUUAUUUUGGACUUUGGAGCAUACUUCUGUUAUGAAAUAUGAUGGUAUUCUAUAGAAACCCCUAUUUUUUUAGGGGUAAGGCCCUUUAAAAGGGCGUAACUCAAAAUUUCGUCCAACGAUAACUUUCAAAAUUUGUCCAGAGGUGUAGAAAUGAUAAAGAAAGAGAAUGGUGUUUCAAAUUUUGAUGGCAGAAACAUGCUUCUGUUAUAAAAUAUGAUGUUUUUCUAUAGAAACCCUGAUUUUUUAGGGGUUAGGCCCUUUAAAAGGGCGUAACUCAAAAUUUCGUCUAACGAUUUUUUAAAAAUUUGUCCAGAGGUGUAGGAAUGAUGAAGAAAGAGAUUGGCGUUUCAAGUUUUGAUGGUAUAUUUUUUUUUUGAUAAUAACGGUAAAUGAAGCACCGUGGUCAGACUCCCGCCAACUGAUUGGCUGGCGACGACUCUGGCGAUUGGUUCACCCGCGACGGAUUCAUAUUGUCGCGUUCGAUAAGUCGGCCAUAGUUAGCGUGUCUCUGAAUUCCAAUUUCUGCUACUAACAGGAAGCAAGGGCUUCAUUCCCGAGCCCUACUUAGCAGCAACCGAACUGGCUACACAAUUUGGGGCUCUAUUUUGCGUUACAAUGCUUGACAGAGCCCAUAGGUGGUCUUAAUCUUAUUAGUAUUUAAGUCUCAAAAAUUUAAUUUGGGGGCGAUUUCACUCG